CUGACAGCUGCAUGCUCUAUAAAUUCAAGAUGAAGUUAUCUAGAGUCAAAUCAGUUUUUUCACUCAAUCACUCAGCUGUCCAAAUACCACCCAGACCGACAAUAUGACAACCGUCGACCCCAUCACCAAAACCACCUUUGCUACCAUGGAUUGGGAGGACUAUCAUCAAGGUCGUCCCCAAUACCCACAAUCUUUAACUUCACUUAUCUAUGACUACCGACGCCUUCAUCCCGGUGGCUGGGAGCGCCUGGUUGACAUCGGUGCCGGCUCGGGCAUAGCCACCACGAACUUUAUGACCGACUUCCAGAUCAUCCAUGUCUCCGAUCCCAGUCCAGGCAACCAGUCCCAAGCGAAAAUAUUUCUCCCUAAUUGGGCGGAGCAACAUGGCCUGCAUCCUACUUUCGAGUACAGCCAGGCCGUGGGUGAAGAAGCGUAUCACCAGGUCGGUGAACGCCAGGCUGACAUGGCGAUCUGUGCGACUGCAGCACAUUUUAUGGACCCAAAUAAACUGGUUACCUCCAUUGGAAAGAUGCUUCGACUGGGAGGAACAAUGGCAAUCUUUAGCUAUUGGCUUCCUACGUUCCCCAAACAGUCUUCACACUUUCAUGAUGUCUUUGCGUCCAUCUUUGCAAAGGUGCUCCUGCAGCCGCUACAGCAGGAUGCUGAAUCAAACCAGGCAGCAAUGUUGUAUGGUCUGAUGCAGCGUCUGGGAUCUGGUGAAGGGCAGGUAGACUCAGUUCCAGCGCCAGAAGAAUUGUUCGAGGAUCCUGUCCGGGUGUACAUCAACCCCACCGAUGAUGGCAAGAUGCCCUACUACGCGCAGUUUGUGAAGUACUUUCCCGCUGGUCUGCAGCCCGAGAAGUACAGUGCGGUCGCAGGCAGGGACAAGCAAGUCAGAUAUUAUACCGGCAGCGAUGAUGAGGCAGAAGGGUGGGAGUUUGACGCGGACAAGCAGUGGCUUCUUAAGUUCUUGAACACAUGCUUGCCACCACAACACACGCUCGCUCCCGACACUGCGCAUGUCUUGCUGGCUGACUGGGACCGUGUGUUUGAGAAAGAAUGUCCGAGUGGGCAACUACGGGUCCGGUGGGCGGCAAACCUGCUGCUGGGAACGCGGAAAGGAGGAGAAGACUCCAACUGA